AUGGCUACCACUACCACCGUCAGGCAAUACUCCACUUCUGGGUCCAUGAAAGGCCUCUGUGGACUGGGAGGUGGUUCCUCCCGGGUAUCUUCAGUCCGGGUUGGGGGGGCCUGCCUUGCUCCAAGCCUCCUGGGGGCCGGCAGCUGUGGGAACAUGUCAGUCACCUCAUCCCGCUUUACCUCUAGCUUGGGGGGUGGCUUGGGGGGUGGCUUGGGGGGUGGCUAUGGUGGUGGCUACAGCUGCAGCCUGGGAGGGGGUUUUGGCACCAGCUAUGGUGUAGGGGAUGCCCUGCUGGGAGGGAGUGAGAAAGAGACCAUGCAGAACCUCAAUGACCGCCUGGCCAACUACCUGGACAAAGUGCAUGCCCUGGAGGAGGCCAACACUGACCUGGAGCUGAAGAUCCGGGACUGGUACAAGAAGCAGGGCCCGGGGCCUGCCCGUGACUACAGCCAUUACUUCAAGAUCAUUGAGGAUCUGAGGAACAAGAUCCUGGCCGCCACCAUUGACAAUGCCAGCUUGGUCCUGCAGAUCGACAAUGCCCGUCUGGCUGCAGAUGACUUCCGUACCAAGUACGAGACUGAGCUGAACCUGCGUAUGAGCGUGGAGGCUGACAUCAAUGGCCUACGCAGAGUGCUGGACGAGUUGACCCUGGCCAGGGCUGAUCUGGAGAUGCAGAUUGAGAACCUGAAGGAGGAGCUGGCCUACCUCAAGAAGAACCAUGAGGAGGAAAUGAAUGCCCUUCGUGGCCAAGUUGGUGGAGAUGUCAACGUGGAGAUGGAUGCAGCCCCCGGGGUGGACCUGAGCCGCAUCUUAUCUGAGAUGAGAGAACAGUAUGAGAAGAUGGCUGAGAAGAACCGAAAGGAUGCUGAGGACUGGUUCUUCACCAAGACGGAGGAGCUGAACCGUGAAGUGGCGACCAACACGGAAGCCCUGCAGAGCAGCAAGACAGAGAUCACAGAAUUGAGACGUACUGUCCAGAACCUGGAGAUUGAGCUGCAGUCCCAGCUCAGCAUGAAAGCUUCCCUGGAGGGUACCCUGGCAGAGACAGAGGCUCGCUAUGGGGCCCAGCUGGCCCAACUUCAAGGGUUGAUUAGCAGCAUUGAACAGCAGCUGGGUGAGCUCCGCUGCGACAUGGAACGUCAGAACCAGGAGUAUAAAAUCCUCUUGGACGUGAAGACCCGGCUGGAGCAGGAGAUUGCCACCUACCGUCGCCUGCUGGAGGGAGAGGAUGCCCACUUGGCUUCCCAGUACUCCUCUGCUCUGGCCUCCCAGUCCAGCCGAGAUGCCAUAGUGACCAGCCGCCAAGUGCGCACCAUCAUGGAGGAGGUCCAGGAUGGGAAAGUAGUCUCUUCAAGAGAGCAGGUCCACCGUUCUACUCACUAA